AUGCCAUCACAGUUCAGGGUCAAGUACCCUUCAACCAGGGUAAUUAUUGAUGCCACAGAGGUUCGAUGUGAGGUCCACAGUUCACUCGGAUUACAGACUGCAACGUACUCAAACUACAAAUCUACGAAUACAUUCAAGGCACUCAUUGGUGUUGCGCCUGGUGGACGAUUGACAUUUGUUUCUGAACUCUUCACAGGCUGUGGGUCGGACAGAGAAAUCGUAGUAAAGAGCGGCUUCCUAGACCUAGAGUUCACACCAGGCGAUACAGUGAUGGCAGACAAAGGCUUCAAGAUUGCAGACCUACUAGAAAAGAAAGGCGUGAGCUUGAACAUCCCCCCAUUUCUUACAAAUGGACAGUUCAGUAGUGCAGAAGUGCGUGAAACACAGGAAAUUGCAGCCUUACGCAUCCAUGUUGAGCGGCGGAUACAAAGGAUAAAGACCUAUCACAUCUUUGAUAGAAGCCUACCGAUAUCACUUAGACCACUUGUAAACCAAAUAUGGACUGUUUGUGCAAUCUUGUCAAAUCUUCAAAGCCCACUGAUGAAGGAUGUGGAAUAG